AAUGGCGGAGGCAGAGGUAGGACCGCCUGUUCGGAAAGCGAAAAGGUUGCCAUGGAUGCCACCACCAUCAUCGAAGUUCGAUGACAUGUUGGCUGGUAUUGUCUUGCGAAAACCAGGAGAUGGCUAUGAUUUGAGACCUGGAGAGAAACCAUGGGAGUUUGAAAGAAGAAUGACUAAAGAAAAUAACAAUUUUAAAAGUCAAUACCCUCCGUUCAAUAUCGAACCUUUCAAAGAUAGUCGGGAAAGGCUAUUAGGUGAAGAUGGUAAAGGGAUGACACCGGAACAACGUGAACGGCGUGCACGCUGGUUAAGGGAUCAACAAUUGGCUCCCCACGAACCAGUAUAUGUCCCAAUGCCCAGGAACUUCUUCAGGAGGGUAUACGGGAAGCCGAUGACGGCCAUAUACACUGCCAAAACUAGCAUACGUAACGCGCUCAUGUUUUGGACACCACCAAAGAGUCUCCCUCCACCUGCAGAAAGAAAAAUUAUUCCGUUUGGACUCCUCUUUUGGGGUAUUGCUGUGGCAGUCUAUUAUAAAGCCAAGUACCAUUCAAACAGUUGGGAAAACCAUGGUGUAGGAACAAAUUUUUUACAUGUACUAUCACCAGACUACACGAAUGUGACUAAGUCAAAAGAACCCCAGGAGUAUGCUAACACGGACUUCGGCAAAAGAAAAGUUUUGAUGGACAUAAAAACAAGUGGACCUGAAUGGGCAUGAAGACAAUUUUACCUCUGCAUUAAAUUAAAGAGAAACUGACUAGAAACUGUUGCCAACAUUUCGAGACACAAGUGGCAUGUUGACUUUGAGACAUACCUAUUAUGAUUUGUCCUUAGAUGUGCAUUCAGUGAUCUGUGUGAUUUAUGUGGAAUUGAUUGCUAAAUAGCACGAUCUUACAGAAAAUAAAGUCUGUAUUAUGUUUA